AUGGCCAAGAAGCACCGCCAGCAACCACAGUCGGCUUUUUCUACUGCAAACUCGGCUGCCUCAUCCUCCCUCGCUGCAUCUACCGUCGCAACCACCGCAUAUCCUAUAUCGGCUUUUGGAUCCACCAAUGCCCAAUUCGCAGCCAUUUCCACCGCCGUCGAUGCUCAAAGACUCAAAAUUUGGGAUACAUGGACAUCCACUUUGCUCAUCGACUGGCUCAUUCCAACUACUGAUAAUACUACCAGCACAAAAUGCACUUGUCUAGCUUGGGGUGCUUUGAUGUUGGACACUAUCUCAUCUUCUUCCUCUGCUGAGGACGGUAAACGUAGAAAGAAGAGGAAACAUCAUGCAAUGACCAAUGGUAUGGCCACUGAAUCGCCUGCCAUAGCCCUCGGAAUGGACUCUGGAGAUAUCAAUCUGUUCCUAGUAGCUCAAUCCCAAGUCUCGAAAACCUUGUCUGGCGUACAUACUACUCCAGUAACUGAUGUAUGCUUUGCCCAUACAUCUCAACGACUGUAUUCUGGUUCUAGAGAUGGUAUCAUUGUAGAAUGGGAUUUGUCAAAGGGAUCGUCAUUAAGAUCCUUCGCGUCAGAUAUGCCAUCUAUACAGAGACUCGUAUUAAGCCACGACGACAAGAAAUUGUUGGCUGCCUCAUAUACUAUACAAUUGUAUGAUUUAGAAACGUCUGCAAUCUCAAAGACAUUCACAGGUCAUGCUGCUCCAAUAACGCAGUUGUCAUUCAAUGCUGAUAGCACAAAGGCCAUCUCUGCUGCUGAUGGUGAUAACUUUAUAUGUUUAUGGGAUUGUACUGAAAAUGGAAUCACGGGAAACGCUGCUGCAUUAACUAUGGACGUGCCACCUGUACAUGUAAAUCUAUCUGAAACUAUGCACGUUCUAGCCAUCACUGGUGCUGGCCAAGUAGACAUAUGGGAUUCAUUACUGGCUGCACCACCAUCAGCAUCAACAGUGUCAGAAGCCGCCCCUAAAAAGAAAAAGAAGAAAAAUUUGGUUGAUACUAGACGUCCUGAUGGUCAUAUUGUCGUGGGCUGUAUAGAUCAACCUGAAUCGAUGGUACCUAUACUAGCAGCUCAAUUUGCGGAUGGCCAGAUCGUUUGUGCUCGUGGUAGUCCUUUGAAACCUGCUUUUGAACGUUUGGCCUAUCUGGAUGAGUCAGGACAAGUAAUAUCAAAUAUGCAUUUAUUAAGACCUUCUGCAUCAUCCUUGCUAGUCGACGAAUCAACUCUGACAGAACAACGCCUAAAAGCAUCACACAAACCCCAUAAUGAUUCAGAUAUGCAAGUGAUUCAACCCGAAUCUCUUGUCAUGCCUGAAGUCCGUGAUGUUGACAUGUCAGAUUCAGAUACACCACUCAUCGCAAACGAACCUUCACUAGCGGAUCGAGUAGCUGGCCUGAUAAUUACACCACCUAUUACACCCUUACGUGAUGGUCUGUCAAAUAAUAAUGGCGAUGAUCAACAGCAGCAGCAGACGAGACUACCCUUUAAACCAUCAGCAGCAUCACUAUACGGUCUCUUAUCACAGGCCAUACAAUCAGGAGAUCGACACUUGAUGGAGCAGGUACUAUCAUUACGAGAUCCUAAAAUGGUUGCUACCACUGUAUACCGUUUAUCAGGAGCACAAGUGCUGCCCUUCCUAGACGCCAUGCUGGAACGUCUCCAAAAGAAACCACUACGAGCUAGUGCGCUAGUGGAAUGGAUACGAGCAGUGCUAGUCACUCAUGCACCAUACUUGACCACGGUACCUAAUCUAAGUACCCGUCUAAGCACACUAUAUUCCACACUAGAAACACGGACGGGAGUGUUUAGUAAAUUGGUUUUGCUGCAAGGGAGAUUGGAUUUCGUCAUGACGCAAAUUGAAACUAGGAAGAAAUUCGCUGGAGGUGACAUUCAAUUUAAUGCUGAUGAGGAGGCUGAGGUUGUGUAUAAUGAGGAGGAUGAUAUUGAGAGUGAAGAUGGUAUGGAUUAUCGUAGUCGUGGAGGAGAUGACGAGGAAGACGAUGAGAAUCAAUGGGAGGAUGAAGUGUCGUCCAAUAUAAUACCUCGUGUUGACGAUGAUGAGGAGGAAGAAGACGAAGAUCAAGAUGACGAUGACGAGGACGAUGUUGAAUCAGCCAUGUCUGAAGACGCCGAUGACAUAGUCGUCGAUCAAGAGAGUGACGACGAAGAAGAUGGUUCUAAAAAGAGAACGGGAUGGAUUGAAGACGACGAGUAG